AUGGAACGCAUCGUUCUCCCUAUUCUCCUCUUCUUGCUUGCCCUCACCAAUGCCACCGCGAUUCCCUCAUCUCUCGCUGGCGAAGGAGCUGUCAACGGUCUGAUCACCCGCAACGAAACCUCUGCCUCAGCUGCAUUUGCCGGUCCUCUCAUCUUCAACAUCAGUCCUAACCCGGCCGGUCCACCAUGCGGAAUGACUUGGGAAGUCAACAUCAAUGUCAAGUCUCGUGGCUCCGUUGGCGACGCCAGCACCUCCUGCAAUGCUUUGUACAAUUAUGUCACCUUGCCCUCAUCAUCCGUCCCGCAAACCAUCAGCAAGGAUGUCAAUUUUGUAUACCUCUGCCCUGACACUCCUGAGCCGAUCAGCCCCGAGGGGUACGGUUACCGUGACAUCAAGUUCAUCGUGAAAGGAACAUCAGAUUUCCCCAGUGGUCAGAACACAUUUUUGGCCCAGCUGCAAGUCUUGAACAUCGACGGUCUUCCCGAGACCAAUAUGGAUAUGCCGGUUGAGAUUGGAUACGCCAUCACCGACAAUGCGGAUCCGUUGAAGCAGCUCACCUUGCAGUACAUCUACUGUGGGUGA